AUGCUUAUAGAAGGGCCAAGGUUUGAGACUGAACUUACAGGCUGUAGCUUUGGAUUCAGGUUCCUUUGCAGCUUGCCGGAGGGUAUCCGUAUAUGCUCGCAAUUUACGGGCUCGAGCGACUGCAAUUAUAGCGAGUGGUUGGCAGAGUCGAAUAUAUCAAAGAAAAACUCGCAGAGGGAAGUUGCAUGGUUAUCAUCUAGAUUACCACUCAGGGUCAGCCACUUCACGCUCUCUUCAUAA